AUGUCACCCAAAAAAUUCCGUACUAAAAAAAGGACAGUCGGAAAUAAAGCUAUACGUCAACGUAUGAAAGAUCUAAAAAAGAAACAAGGGUUAAAAUUUAUAUUGACUAGAAUAGACAUUCAACAAACAGAAGAAAAUGUUGAGUCUCAAUCUAAUAGUAUUAGUAUUACUGUGACAGAUGACUCAAAUGGUAAACUAGUCGAUUCUUUCUCGGGUAAUGUCGAAGAGCCAAUGGCAAAUUUAGCUGACACACCACUGACAACGGAGCAAUCAUUGUCUCAAUUAGAUUUUAAUGAAGAAAUAAUGAACGUAUCGUGUAGUACUACUUUUCAAAAUGAGGAACCUGAUAUUUUUGUUUCUACUAGUUAUGAUAUUUCAAAAUUCGUUGGUAGAAGAAUUGUUGACAUCAAUUUUAUAUUUCGUCAGAUUUUUCAGUGUAGGCAUAAAGGUGGAUUUGAUUGUACGUUUAUGGAUAUGCAAUGCAUUUCUGAACGAAAUCUUGGCUUUUAUUCUGAAUGGGAUUUUGAGUGCAAAAUGUGUUCAACAAAAUUUAAAUUAUGUUCUGAGCUUCAAUCGGAGUCAGAGUACAUUGCCAUUAAUAAAGCAGCCGUAAGUGGAUCUAUUGCAGUUGGUACUGGUUAUUCACAACUGGCAGAGUUUGCGGCAUCUAUUGACGUCCCUUGUAUGACCAAUUCUACAUAUAUAAAAACUGAAGCUAAUUUAACUGAAUACAUACAAGAAACAUCAUGGGAUGAAAUACGUUUAGCUGGAGAGGAGGAAAAGAAAAUAGCAAUAAUAGAAGGUAAUAUUGAUAGUGAUGGUAUUCCAAUGGUGACAGUUGUAGCUGAUGGAGCUUGGUGUAAAAGAAGCUAUAAAACUAAAUAUGAUGCUCUUUCUGGUGUU